AAACCUUCGCCAGCGAUGAGGUCGAUUUUUCGGCCCUGGCUCCAGGGCUACUAGUCUCUACCUCAAUAUUUCCAAGCGUGGUCUCGGCUAGCUCUUCUUGAAGAUGUUCCUAAUUUGCCCACUGCUGGGAACAUUAAAUAACAGCCUUUCGCGCUGAACAAAUUAGAGGAAGGAAACCCCGAAUAAUAAACGAGUCAUGAUAUGUAAGGAGGAAGUUUUGAAGGUCACGGUGCAGCGGGACAGAUUUCCAGUAAUCACAUGUAUUAGGUAUGAGCUAUCGGAUUCAUAGAUAUCGUCAUCAUGCGACCACUGUACAGUCUACAGAAUGAAUUUUAGUUCUGUCAGAAGGAAUACAAUGAGCUUGCCCAGAAAAUUAUAGAGCUUGACAAUUUUAUUCAACUAAGACAUAAAGUCCAUGGGGAAAUAAGAAGGCAUAUUUGCAAAAUCCAGCAAUACCUAAAUGGUAAUGCACCUGUUUGUGCAAAGAUAGUGUCCAGCUGUCUCGUUGCGGCGAAUGUUGGGGGCAGAUCAGAAGAUCUAAGAUGAAAUUUAGUCCGUACGAGCUUUCGAUACGACUGCGCCAUUCCAGCACAGAUAGCCAGAGACAACAGUUCCUCCGAGGGCGCCCUCAGCUGUUCGGUGAAGAAGGUGCAUCCGUGGAAACAGAGGCACCAAGCAGUUGUGGUUUUUUAGUAAUGUCACACAUUAAAAAUAUUGUGUUAAGAAUUCAAUCUCCUGAAGGAACCAGAAGAAUAAACAUUGGCUCUGAUGACAAGAUAUCUGGGCUUUAUGAGAAGGUGCGGGAUGCUUUUUCGCUGUCUAGUCUUGCGUUCAGUUUAUGCAGAAGUCGUAACCUGAAAGAAGAGCUACCUUCUACUAAAUCAAAAACUAUUUUAAGCAUUGGUUUAAAACAUGGAGAUAUGUUAUUUCUUAUUCCCCAUGAAGGUGCAGAUCUAUGGCAUGCCAAUAAUCAAGUUGAUGUACCCAUAAGUACUCCUGGCACAAGUUCUUCCUCCACAUCAGAUAGUACUCCAUCUGGUGAAACUAAUGGUUUACGAGAAACUCCGAAUCCUACAUCAUUGCCUCCAGUUGCAGAAGAUGAAGUUGAUCAAAUUUUAUCUAGUGUCGAAGGAAAAUUGCAUAGAAAACGGGAUGAGAAGUUAUGUCACCAUGGGACAAAUGCAUGCUGUGUACAUUGCUCUCCAAUUGAACCAUAUGAUGAAGCAUACCUCCGUGAACAGAACAUUAAGCAUUUGUCUUUUCAUUCCUAUCUCCGCAAACUGAGAGGAGGUGCUGAUAGGGGCAAGUUUAUUGCGCUUGAGGAUACUAGUUGUCGUAUUAAGCCUGGGUGUAAAGAUCAUCCUCCGUGGCCAAAAGGCAUUUGCUCCAAGUGCCAACCAUCGGCAAUAACUCUCAACAGGCAGGUAUACAGGCAUGUAGACAACGUCAUGUUUGAAAAUCCUGAAAUUGUGGAAAGGUUUCUGGACUACUGGCGAACUUCAGGCCAUCAAAGGCUUGGUUACCUUUACGGAAAAUAUGAAGUUCAUGGAGAUGUACCACUGGGGAUCAGAGCAACAGUUGCAGCAAUCUAUGAACCACCACAAGAAACUUCGCGUGAUAGAAUAACUUUAUUGCCUGAUGAAAAAGAAGGUUUAGUUGAUGAGAUAGCCCAUGACCUAGGUUUAAAGAAAGUUGGUUGGAUAUUCACUGAUUUAAUUGCAGAAGAUAUGCAGAAAGGAACUGUGAAACACAUUAGAAAUAUUGACACACACUUCUUAUCUGCCCAAGAGUGUAUAACUGCUGGGUAUUUCCAAAACUUACACCCAAAUCCUUGUAAGUUUUCCCCUACUGGUUACUUUGGCUCAAAGUUCACUACUGUGUGUGUCACAGGUGAUGCUAGAAAUCAAGUCCACAUGGAAGGUUAUGCUGUUUCUGCGCAGUGCAUGUCCCUUGUCCGUGACCAGUGCCUCAUCCCUACCAAAGAUCUCCCACAGCUUGGCUACAUUAAAGAAUCUAGUGAUAAGCAGUAUGUUCCAGAUGUAUAUUAUAAGGAAAAAGACAAUUAUGGGAAUGAGGUGAGCAAGCUUGCAAGGCCACUACCUGUGGAAUAUCUGCUAGUCGAUGUCCCAGUCUCUACACCUCUCUCUCCUCUCUACACCUUCAGGUCUGACCCAACCAAGACACCAUUUCCUGUUGAAAACAGGCUUUUAGACAAGCAUAUUCAGGACUUCAGUGCAUUCUCAUCUUAUAUGCGCCAGUUCUCUUCUGACCAGUUUUUGUUGGCUGUUAGUGAUUUCCAUGUUCUGCUUUAUAUUGCCACAAUGGAGAUGCUUCCUUUGAGGGAUCAUCUAAAGCCUUUGAUAAAAGCAAUCCGAGAACGUGAUCAAAAUGCUGCCGCUGAGUGGGCCCACUCAGACCAAUGGGCGACAGUGGGCGCACUAAUUGCUGCUCACCAUGGCAACCAGCCCCAACAGGAAUGGACUUGUCCUCACUGUACUUUCCUCAACUUGCCCCAUCUUUCAGCGUGUGACAUGUGUUCACUUCCUAGGUAGCCCUUCGGUUGAUGCUCUAUAUGGGCACCAUACUUCGUUCAUCGUCAACAGCUACCUUUUUCUGUUGAUCCAUAUCUUUUGGAUCAUCUCAUGUCUGUUGAAUUGUAUUUUAUUUAUGCCUGUCCUUUUCCAUCUGUGCCUCAUCAAAACAGCAAUAAACAUGAAACUUAAAAAAAAAAAAUUGUAACAAUAUCUGAUUCCCUUAAAUAUUGCUUUUUAUUUGUAUUUUUUUUUCCAGCAGUCCUAAUUUAUAUUUGAAAUAUUAUGUUACUUUUGGCGGUUUUAAUUUUAAGGUAUAUCACAUAUCUUUUUUUUUCUUUUAAUAAAUAAAUACUAAUUCGCACAUGAUAGAGCCUUUGUUUGGUAGCUGAAAAUUGAGGAGUUUUUAUCUGAUGAAACGGUAACAGCGAUAUACUGAUGGAUGAAGAGAAGUCAGUAAUACUUGUAUCUAUCAACUUUAAACCAUUAAUUGAAAAUUUUGGAAACAUGAGAGCAAGCUGGAAUUACAUGAAAACAUCUAUUUCAAAACUAUUUUAUUUCAAUAGAGUGUAAAUAAAUAUUUGUUGUCUCUGUGAAAGCAUUGUUUAUAAAAUUGACAAGAAAGUGUUAGUUGUUAAAGUUUUUGUACUAUUUAAAUGGUUUUUAACCAGACACAAACAAAAAAAUAAUAAAUUAAGUUUUAAAUUAAGCAGUUUAAAUUUUAUUAAUUAUUUCCUUCACCCCUUAAGGAAGUAUUUCUAUCUUGUAUUUCUUUACCAUGCAUAUGUAUGCUCAUUUAUACCUGUUAAAGAUCUGUUAAAUAAAAAUCUAAUAAUGGAAUAUGAUGAUAAAUAAACAUUCAUUCAGAUUGUGCUUGUAAAUUAUAUUUUACUAUUUUUUUAACCCUAAAUUUUGUUUUAUGUUGUGGUUUAGUUUUAAUGUAAUACCUAAAUCUAUUUUGAAACUGAAUGGAAUUUGUUUAUAUUAUUUAUUUUUGCAAUUUCCUUCCGUUGUGUGUUCACUUCAAAUCUUCAAAUAGCAGAAGUUGGUUGAUGAACUUCAAUGACUGCAUCCCACUAGUAACUUCUACAAUUCAUUCUAUGGCAAAAAUAUCUUCACCUUUAUGAAAUUGAUUACAAAUUGGAAAAAGUAUUAUUUAAAUUUAAAAAUAAAGUUAAUUAUCAAUUUGGUAAUAUUCUCAUGUUGGCAAUAUGUUUUUUAAGUUUUAUUCUCUCUUUUUCCUUUUUUUUUUUUUUUUUUUGUUAUAAUCUUAUAUUUUUUAUUCUUUUCUGUUUGAACACCAAAUCUUAUAUGUCUCAAGCAGUUUUGAUUAAUAACAAGAACAAAAAAUUUAACUAUUUAUUAAUUAUUUUUGUUAAUAGUUUACAAUU